AUGGUAAAACGAUCUCAUACAUAACGAACUGAUAUACACCAAGGUAUUCGGAUCGAAUCUCGAAUUCUUCCGUUCCCUCAGCCUAUCCGGUAAUCUAAAAAAAUCCAACAUUAUAAAGCAAGCAAAUAUCACACAACUCUAGUUUCAUACUCAAACUAUGUAGGAACAGAGCAGAGAAACCAGAAAAAUAAAAAGAAAAAUCCAGUAGAAAUGCAGAUUCUUCACAUAAAUUGUGUAGGAACAAGAACGACGUCGUCUCAUUUGAAAAAAUUACAGGUUACAAAUAAUAAAGCUGAAUUAUUCAUAAACAACCCAAAAAGCUACCAAGUUUUAUCCAAAAAAGGUGUUGGAAAUUAUGCAGAAUUACAUAUUCAACAAGUAAUUGAGAAACAGUCUAAGGGUAUGAUUCCCAAAGAAAAUACCCAAUUUGAUCCUUUUAUUCUUAAAAAGGCGUAUGAAACGUGUCGACAAAUAUGUGCAGAGCGGUCUACAACGUAUUAUUUAGGAAGUUUGUUAUUGCCUGAACAAAGAAAGAAAGCAGUUUGGGCUGUUUAUGCUUGGGGACAACUAACAGACGAGCUAGUCGAUGGCGCAAGCGCAAAUAUCGAAAGCUCAGCUAUGUUGGACCAAUGGGAAGAGAGGCUUGACGAUAUUUUUAGUGGACGUCCACAUGACAUCGCAGACAUAGCCUUGGCCGACACGGUCCAAAGAUUUUCCCUUAACAUUGAGCCUUUCAAAGAUGUGAUGAAAGGGAUGAGAAUAGACACAUCAAAAACUCAGUAUGAAACUUAUCAAGAGCUUGAAUUAUACUGCUAUUAUGUAGCAGUAACAGGUUGCUUAAUGGCAGUUCCUAUAUUUGGAAUCUCCCUUGAUACUGAUCCAUCUUCUGCUCAAACCAUAUAUCAAGCUGCAUUUUCCUUAGGAGUUGCUAAUCAGCUCACAAACAUCCUUAGAGAUGUAGCAGAAGAUGCUUCAAGGGGAAGAGUUUAUCUACCUCAAGACGAACUCACAGAAUUUGGAUUAACAAAUGAAGACAUAUUCUCAAGGAAUGUAAGUGAAAAAUGGUGUGAAUUCACAAAAAUGCAGGUAGAAAGAGCAAGAUCUUAUUAUGUUCAAGGGGAGCAUAUUACUUCUCAAUUAAACCCUGCUAGCAGGUGGCCGGUGUGGGCAUCAUUGAUGUUGUACAAGAAGAUCUUAGACAAAAUAGAAGAAAACAAUUACGACAACUUGACAAAGCGAGCAAGAGUCGGAGACGUUGAGAAACUUGUAACACUACCUCUAGCUUAUGCUAAAGCUAUGGGUUGGUGUCUAGAAAAAAAUUAAAUUUUUAUUCUAUUUUAUUUAUUUUGCGACAUUUUUAUCUGAAAUUAGAAUAAAAAAAUUGAGCAAAAUGAUUAUUGACGUAGAAAUUAUAAAAUCAUGUUUAAAGUUUAUAAAGACAAAAUAAGUCAACCAAUUGAGUAUUGCGCAA